GAAGGGAGGAGUGAGGGUGGUGAUGGAGGUCUGAGGAUCGGCUCUUCGCUCUUGAUGUCAUCUCACCUCCCCUGUGAAGCUGUGAAGCAUUUGAUCCCGUUUAUAUAAGCCGCAGCUGCUGUGUGUGUUUUUCUACAUUUUAAUAUCCCUGAUUGCUGGCCGAUCUGUCUACUGUACAUCCAUCAUCAUCUGUGUAGCCAUGUCGGACUCUGAGGACAUGACGGAGUUCGCCAGCAUCGUGGAGCGGAUCGAGCGGGGCGAGAUGAGGCGUAGCAGCACAACUGCGGUCCCGAUCAAGAACAUCGAGAGGGAGCUGAUCUGCCCGAUCUGUAAGGAGCUCUUCACCCAUCCGUUGAUCCUGCCCUGCCAGCACAGCGUCUGCCACAAGUGUGUCAGAGAGCUGCUGAUGCUCAACCAUGAGGACUCUUUUGACGCCAGCUCUGAGUGCUCCAUGCCGGGCAGCCCCAGGUCCAGGGUGCCCUCCCCCUCCAUGGAGAGGCUGGACAGGCUUGUGAGAUCAGGUCCUCGGAAACGAAGUGGAAAUUCUGGCUUUCAAACUGAGAUAAAUCCAGCACUCCUUGCUUCCCCUGUCCCCCAAAAACGGUCCAUCUCAUCCCCGGGGUGGCGCAGAGGGUCUGUGACUCCCCGGGUCACCACCAUCCCAUGCCCCGGCUGCCAGCAUGACAUCGACCUCGGUGAGCGCGGCAUCAGCAUGUUGUUCCGUAACUUCACCCUGGAGAACAUCGUUGAGCGCUACCGCCAGGCUGCCCGCGCAGCCAUCGCAAUCAUGUGUAACAUCUGCAAGCCUCCGCAGCAGCAGGAGGCUACAAAGAGCUGUAUGGACUGCAAGGCUAGCUACUGCAACGAGUGCUUCAAGCUGCACCACCCCUGGGGCACACCCAAAGCUCAGCAUGAGUAUGUUGGUCCCACCACGAAUUUUAGGCCCAAGGUGCUCAUGUGUCCAGAGCACGAGAUGGAGAAGGUGAACAUGUACUGUGAGGUCUGCAGACGACCCGUGUGUCACUUGUGCAAGCUGGGAGGAUCCCACGCUAACCACAAAGUCACUUCCAUGAGCAGUGCCUACAAGAUCCUCAAGGAGAAGCUGGCCAAGAGUAUCCAUUACCUCAUCAGCAAAGAGGACCAGGUCAGGACUCAGAUUACCGAGCUUGAUCUGCUCAUCAAUCAGACUGAGGAAAAUGGCCAGCUAGCAGAGCGUCAAGCAAAUGAGCACUUUGAGCGUCUGUUUGAGACUCUGCAGGAGAGGAAAUCGGAGAUGCUGAGGUCCAUCGAACAGUCUCGAAACAGACGCCUGGACCAUCUCAAGGCCCAGGUGGAGGAGUACCAGGGCAUGCUGGAGAACAGUGGUCUGGUGGGCUACGCUCAGGAGGUGCUGAAAGAGACGGAUCAGUCCUGCUUUGUACAGACUGCAAAGCAGCUACACGUCAGGAUCCAGAAGGCCACAGAGUCUCUGAGGACCUUCCACCCUUCAGCUGACCCCUGCUUUGAUGAGUUUGUGCUGGACACAUCCAGAGAAGAAACUCUGCUCAAAGAGAUGUGCUUUGGUGGAGUUCCAGACCCUCCUCUGAUUGACUUGUCCAAUAGCAGAGUCUAUAAUGAGGCCUCAAUCUGCUGGAGGCUGUCUGAUGACCACCUACCAACAGAUCACCAUGUGCUUGAAUACCGCAGACUUGGGGGCCCGAGCCAGUCCCCGUCCCAGGAGGACGGUGAGGACAGUGGGGUCUGGAGGGCUACCGACAGGGUGUAUGGUCCCAGCACUGUAGUGUGUCACCUGGAGCCUAACAGCCUGUACUCCUUCAGGGUCCGAAGCUGCAGGAACUCCAUGUUCAGCCCCCACAGCCCUGAGGUCACCUUCCACACACCACCUGCACCUGCUUUUGGUUUCCUGUUCAGCGACAAGUGUGGCUUCAGUACAGAGCGGCUCAUUCUGAACAAGCGACGGGACACCGUGGAGAACGUAGCAGGCAUGGCCUUCCUCCUUGCAGCAGAUCGCGUGCAGACGGGCAGCUACAUCGGACUAGACUACAUAAUUGGGGACACGGGCAUCUCUCAGGGAAGACACUAUUGGGCCUUCAAGGUGGAACCAUAUUCCUACAUGGUUAAAGUUGGAGUGGCCUCUGACUCAAAGCUGCUUGAAUGGUUUCACAAUCCCAGAGAUACCAGCAGCCCAAGGUAUGACCAUGAUAGUGGGCAUGACAGUGGCAGUGAGGACGCAUGCUAUGAGGUCACUCAGCCCUUCACCCUCCUCACCUUGGGCAUGGGCAAACUCUUCAUCCCCAAGGCUUCUUCAUCCUCUUCCAGUUCCGUGGCAACCGCACCACCCGGUGACCCUGGCAACCGCGUGCUUCCCAUGCCACAGCGCUUGGGUGUGUGUCUAGAUUAUGACGCAUGCCGGGUGUAUUUUUACGAUGCCGACACCAUGAGGUGCCUUUAUGAGAGGCAGGUGGAUUGUUCGGGAACAAUGUAUCCUGCUUUCGGCCUCAUGGGCAGCGGCAAGGUUCAACUGGAAGAGUUCAUCACCACCAAGAGACUGACCUUCUGAGGAGGGAUAGAGUAUGUAGAUGCAUUAGGACAUGCAUCUAUUUAAUCUUUGGCAUAUUCUGGGAAGAGCAGGUUUUAUUGACAGGGUAAUGGAGGUACAAUCCAAACCGUUUUUCUGAAGGUCAGAUGAGGUAGCUGUGAUCAGGGCUAUUUUUUCCUAAAUGUGAAAAUGGGAUCUCUACCAGACUGGCCUAUUGAGAGUUGGCAUGUAUAAUAUAUGGUCCACACACAAGAGCAUGACACUGAAUAUUAGUGUCCACAUACAAAGGUCUUCAGUGGUUGGUAUACGGUAUGUGAAAGGUCUUUUCUACAUACCAAAGUCUCUGUAUCUGCUAAUUGUAUUUGACUUGGUUUUAACUGCCAGCUAUGAUCAGCUGUUAAUGUAGUGGAAAUGGCUGCAAAGUUAGUCUGCAACUACUUUAAAUCUUUGUUUUAACGUGAAACGCCUUCAAGCUUACACAUACACUUCCUUUUUUGCCAGGUUUAUGUUUAUGGAUUAUUUUGUGUGUAUUAAUUAUAGGGUGAUCUUUGUGUCUUUUGCUCUUUUCUAUAACUGUGUCUAAACGUAGCAGCAUAGGUUUAGAUGUAAUCUUGGUGGACCUGAGAGCCUUGUAGCUACUUUUGAAGCUAGCGCCUUUUGUGCCUUUUUUUUUUUUUUUUUUUUUUUUUUUUUUGGAAAUAGCUCACUUAGUUUGCUAAUACUUAUCAGCAUAAAUACUGUAAGUGAGUUUUGACUGUAGGUAGUUUGAUCAGACACUGGUGUCAAAGUUAUAACAGUUAAUAGUAUUCAUUAUGACUUAUUAAUUACCUAUUUACUCGUGACUAUCACAGAAAACACUACUUUUCCUCGUCAGUUUUGUUCUGCUGUUUUUGCACAAUAUGAUGAAAAAAAGCCUCGCACAUGAUUAAAAUUUUACAAUCACGUUUUGAUCACUACCUAGUUAGCUUCUUCACUUUUUAAAUAUUGUAGACAAAAUCAGCACAUUGAUGUCUCACACUCACAAAAGCAUUCACCUUUUACUAACAUGAAUCCUGAAGUAGUUACUUGGAUUUAAAAGCCUCUCACUGUUUGCACAACACUGAAUGUGACUUUCAACAUCAUAAAACCAGCCAGGUACCAGAACACGAUGUCAACAUCAGUUUGACAACUGCAAAGUCACUAAUAGCCAAAGCGUAUUGGUUCUGGCGCUGACUUGACUGCAACACACAGCUACAAAAAACACUGUUAUUCAGGUUCUUACAAAAAGUGCUAUCACAAAACACACUGUUCAGUACCUUUUACUAUCAGAACCACUGUUUACUUGCAGUGCAGACAUAUGAAGUGUAGCAUAUUAGUAUGUCACCGGAGAGUAUGACUAUCAGACAGACAUGCAAGUGGUUGAUUGGCUUUGAUUAAAUCAGUUCCGAUAUACAAGAGAGCACACUAGACAGUUUAGUUGGGUAAACAGUUUUUGUAUAGACGUAUACUGUAUAUGUACCUGCACAUGGGUUUGUUUGUACAUUCAUGUAUAGUUUGAUUUCUGGAGGGUUAGGGUAAUCGGUAUGUGUGUUUUCUCAGGUUUCUGUCCCUGAUUGGGGCCCAAUGCUAGCUACCUCUGUCCAUCAGGCCUGGAAAACCUUAACUACUGUACCUUUCCUCACAGAAAUAAACUUUGGUUUGAUUUGCAGCUUUGUCUGUAACAGUCAGUUAAAUAUCUCCGCCUUCUCUUUAAUGUCAGAUAAUAAGCUGAUCUUUCAAAAUGUUUGAUUUUAACUUCCAUGUACAUAUUAAUCCAGAGUAUAUUAUUUUCAGUGAAAUAAAGUACAUCUUAAAUGUUUAUUAGUUGGCGUUUGCUUGUGGGAAUUACUGUAAUCAGAUGUUAAUCUUUUCACAAGCCUUUGUCAAAUGGUACUAACAACCUUUUCUUCCUCCUUUUUUGUGGUGUUGGUUUGAUUAGUCAGUUAAAAUGUUUUUGUUAUAAAGUGUGGAACACAUCAUGGUUUUUGUUUUGGGUUAAAACAUUUAAUAAAUUCAUGCUCCUAAAUUUAGCUGAACAGAAAUGUUAUCCUGUCUCAAAAAGAAAUACUGGAUUUCUGUGAUUUUCGUCUUGCUGUCAGUUAUUUUCACUCUAAUCCUCAAAGGUCACAUACCUGAACCCUGAUUCCUGUAUUUUAAAAUUGACUGUUUCAACAUCCUUAAAAAACGUCUAUGCAUUUAAGAAUUGGCAGGGCAGGUUCACGGUUUUAUUUCCAUCACAGAAUGUAUUGCUGUUAAUUACAGAACAAACAGCUGAAUGUUCUGUUUGUUUUCAAGGUGUUUUUUUGUUUGUUCCAUGUGGGGUCGCCGCACAGUUCUAUUUAAUUAUAGAAAUCUCAUAAAAGGCUUGUAAUCUUAACAUAAAACACAGCUGAUUUUUACAUUAAAAUGCAUCCUAGCCUGCUUUUCAGUAAUGAAUUUAGAACCAAAUAUUUAGCAGGCUGGCUCUUAAUCUAAUUCCAAGCUAGCACUAAAAAAAAAAAAAAAAAAAAAAAAAAAAAAAACUGUAGCCUGUCAGCAACUGUUUGGCUCUGCAGGUGUGUAUAAAUAAUGUGUGUGCAAUAUUAUUAAACAGGCUGUAGUAAAGAAGAGACCAGUUUAGACAUGCAGAUAUAAGCCUAUCAAGACAAUUUGCACUGUUAGUAGUUUAUAGUUUACUUUGUGGUUUGAAAUCUGCUGUUCCUUGAUACAAAGUGAAUUUUAAACACUACUUGAUUUGUAAAUCUUUUUUUUUUUUUUUUUUUUUUUCCUCAGUAACACUCAUUUUUUUUCUGAACUCUAAAUUAGUGACAGUGCAUUUGUCCCCAUAUGUUUUGUCCAGAGGAUUUGGAUGUGGCGUAUAAGUGGUGGGUUUCUGUAUAUGUAGUAUGUAAAGAUGUGGAAAUGUUGUUUGCUCGCUAAAAUUUUUAAUUUGCUGUGUGGGGAUUUCAUCAAAUAAAAACUAGUGUUUUUAAA